AUGAUUGAAAAUCUUGAAUGGAAUUCCAUUGAUGAAGUCAACAUGGUAGAUCAGAUGGAACAUGUCAAUCGUUUACUGGUUGUAUCGACAUACAAUAAAUUAGUGCUUAUACUUGUUGCAAUACAAAUAUCGGUAACAUUGUUUGUUUUAAUGAUACUGUCAAUACUUAGGAUAAAAUUUCCAUAUGGCGAGCGAUUAAAAUCAUCAAUUAUUUCUGGUUUGUUCUUUUUGAUUGCACUUGUGGUAUUCUUUUUGAUUGCCUUCGUGAAGAAAAUAGAUGACAAUUAUCUACUAAAUCUCUCACUUGUAAUUGUUUACUCUAUCUGCAUGGCAACAGCAUUAGGAGUUUUGACUACACAGCUAAAUCCUCAAGUCAAACUUGCAGUCUUUGGAAUCAGUUUGGUGUUAUUCGCAUGUGCAUUACUGUUUGGUGCAGCGAUUAAAACAGAUUUAUUUGAUCACCCGAUGAGUAUUCUAAUAUUCCUUUUGGUUAUAUCCGUUGUAAUUGUGAUAGUAGCGGUUGUGCUUAGUGUUUUUAAUCAAUGCAAGUAUUAUACGAUCGGUAUUUACAUAGGUGCACAAAUACUAUUGUUCAUUAUAACGGUAUUUAUAAGUUAUGUAACUGUUGGCAAAUCAAGGAAUCUUCUCUUUUAUCCAAAUUAUUCACUGGCAGCCAUAUUAUUGUAUGUCAUGUUCUUUUCAACUUUAUUAAUCAAUGCGAAUAUAAAAAUGACAUUAACAAGACUGAAAGUUGUAUAUUCCAAUUCCAGUUCCAAAUUAACAUGA